AUGAAUUGCGAGGAUGUCACCACCGGGUUCCGCCAUGCCAAGGUGUUAAUGUUCGUCAACGAACAAAUGGCCAAGCACUCCAGAGGCCCGGAGUUCUACCUCGAGAACCUGACCCUGUCCUGGGAGGAGGUGGAGGAAAAGCUCAAAGUCCUCCUGGACGGUACCGAGGUACCUCGGGAUGUUCAGGAAGCCUGUGCCUGGAGCAGCCUGGCCCUGGGGGUUCGCUUCGCUUUCAGGCAGGGCCAGUUGCAGGGGCGCAGAGUGCAGUGGCUGCACGACUUCGCCAGCCUGCACAGGUCAGCGGCGCAUGCCCUGGCAUUGGACCUGAAGAAGCUCACGGACCAGCACGAGAUAGAACGCAAGGAGGCGGCCUACCAGCUUCUUUUGGCCCACACUAAACUCGCAGAGGUGCAGAGAGAGCGAGACCUGAUGAGACUGAAGCUACUACAUGCAAGAUUUGCCACUUGUAUGAGAGUUCUGCGAGACUACAGAGGAUGCCAGCACCAGGUACAAGCAAGGAUUUCUACGAUUAUACAGCCUCUUAACAGAAAUUGUCCCUAG